GGAAACGCGCUGGCGGGACUCUUGGUUCUUAAAUGUGUCUAGCGCAGUUUUGGACGUUGGUGGAGUGUAAUGUGAACUUCUAAAUGAACUAAAAAUGAAUGAACAAGAUCAAAUUAUGUCCGAAAUAGAUGUAUGUUUUUUAAGCUAGUUAGUAACUUUUUCAGCGAAAGCAAGUAACCGAGUUCAUUGUUGAAGCUUCUGAACGUUUGUCUUUGAGAACAACACUGUUGGAGCAAAAUUUAGCAGUUGCAGGCAAAUGGCCAGAUGAUUCCUUCUUCGUAAAAAAGGAUUCAACCUUGAAAAAGAAUACUGCUUUUGUCAAGAAAGUGCGAAACUUUCUCGAUAGCCAGAAAGAUGCGCUUUUAUCAGAGUUCGAGUCCCUGAAUCUUUCUAAAUAUGUCGAAGAAGUCGCAACCGCGAUCGUUGAAGCAAAAAUAAAAUUAACUGAUAUUCCUUUUAUGUUGAAAUUAUGUUCAGCGAUGUACCAACGGUAUUCGGAUUUUGGAGUGUUGUUUUUUGAUGCGUGGAAGAAAUCAUUCUCUUCCCACAAAGAUUUAAAGAACACUAAUCUUUCCAAACUACGAGUUGAUUUGGCCUUAUUCGCUGAUCUUAAUACAAUCGGAAUAUUUCGAGACGCUGAUGGUAUCCGACUGUUGGCUGGGCAAUUGACUCUUCUAACUGCAAAUGAUCAUGAUAACUUCUCCAAUAUCGGGAUAAUUAGUAGCUUCUGUAGACAUUGCAGUGACGACUGGAUAGGAGUCAUUCCGCGUCGUAUACGACUGUUAUCUGAAAAGUAUGAAAUGCCGGUUCCACGUUCCAUCUUCAUGUCAUCUGAACGUCAAGCAAAGUGUCGUACACUAUUCAAUGACUAUCUAGCUGGAGCGAUGCAUCGUUUACAAAAUAUGGUCAAAGAAACCCAACGAAUCAUCUCAGGAAACAGGGACCAACUCGAAAGUCGUGGUGAAGUUAGCGAAGAGAGGCAAGAGCGGGCGGAGCAUUUAAUGUCAGCCUGUCGUAAAUUUCAUGAGUCCUUAAGUACUUUAGCUGAUCUUUUGGACGCAGAUCCACCACUUGAUUUUUCAUCUAUGAUAAAAGAUGAAUCUAUGUCAGACUUGACCGCACCUGAUUCAGUCGAAAAAGUUGUUCACGAAGAGGUUAAUCUGUUUGAAGAUGAAGAUACACGUUUAUUUUACGAAAGUCUACCUGAUAUCAAAGCAAUGGUACCUGCGAUCCUUUAUAAAGAAAGUGAACAAGCUGGUGUAGAAUCAAAUCAGUCAAAGAAUGAGGAUGGAGAUCCUGCCGGAAGUGAAGAUAUUGAUAUUGACACCGUUGAAUCAGAAUUAGCUAAAGAAGAAGCAUUAAUUCGAGUAUCAGAAGAUGGUAAUGAAUCAACUAAUUGCACAUCUAUACCUGAUAAAUCAAAACCAUAUCUGUUAAAUACUGAUGAUGGUGAAGAAGAUCUAAAUCCUUCGGGGAAAGUUCUCAUGGAAACGUUUUUAACCCAAUUACCAAACUGCAUUAAUCGGGAUCUCAUCGAUCGAGCAGCUAUCGACUUUUGUUUGAAUUUAAAUAAACGAGCAAAUCGUCGACGGCUUGCUAAAGCUUUAUUUAGUGUUCCAAGAACGCGUUAUGAUUUAUUACCAUUUUAUGCGCGCCUUGUGGCUUCAUUAGCCCCAGUGAUGCCUGACUUGGCACAAGAUAUCAAUUCUAUGCUUACUGCAGAAUUCCGUUGGCGUCUAUCUAAACGAGAUCAAUUAAAUAUCGAAUCCAAAUUGAAAGUGGUUCGAUUUAUUGGGGAACUUGUCAAAUUUAAGAUUUAUCCAGCUCAUCAAGCUUUAACUUGUUUAAAACAACUUCUUCCUCAAUUCGUACACCAUAACAUCGAUAUGGCCUGUGCUUUAUUGGAUACUUGUGGGCGUUUUCUUUAUCGUUUACCUAUAUCACAUAAACGUACAAAAGUUUAUUUGGAAAUAAUGCUUAGAAAAAAAGUUGCUUUACAUAUGGAUCAGCGUUAUUCUAUUAUGAUUGAAAAUACAUAUUACUAUUGUAAUCCACCACCGUCCAAUCGCCAGAUUGUCGAACCUGUGAAGUUGACACCUCAAAUGAUGUUUAUACGUCAUAUUUUGCUAACGAAAUUGGACCGAACUACCGUUAAUACUACUUUACGGCUAAUUCGAAAAAUGGAUUGGGAUGAUCAAGAACUUGUCGAAUUUACGUGCACCCUUUUCACUAGGGCGUGGGAUGUUCGCUAUACGAAUAUAAAUUGUCUAGCCAGUGUGUUAUCUGGGUUGGCUACCUAUCAUUCGGACUUUGCCAUGGCUGUUGUCGACAAUGUCAUCGAAGAUAUCCGUGUGGGAAUGGAGCUCAACCUUCCCAGUUUAAAUCAGCGUCGAAUUGUAAUGGUCAAAUACCUUGGUUUGUUGUAUAACUAUUGUCUGGUGGAUUCUCCGGUGAUAUUCAAAACACUUUACUCUCUUCUCACAUUUGGUGUUAGCUUGGAUCUUGAUUUCCCAAGUAUUAUCGACCCGCCGGAUUCAUUGUUUCGAAUUACAUUAAUUUGCACGCUACUUGAAACAUCUGGAAGUUUCUUCGAUCAGGGUAAAAAGCGACGAAAAUUGAACAUAUUCCUUAUAUACUUUCAGCGUUACUACUGGUUCAAGCGUUCUCUUCCUAUAUGGGUGCAGUCGAAAAACGACGCCGAGUUAUUAUCAGCCAAAUCAGUAAGUGAAACGAAGACAGAUCUCCAUACUGGCGAACUGACGUCUUCGGUUGAAGAGCCUGCUGUAAAUCAUUCUGAAGAUUCAUUGGUAUUAAAUAAUCCUGAAUCAUCAGUUGAUAUCUCUGGUCUUAAUUCAGAUACCCAAACUAAUCUACCUAUGUUUGUUCCUGUGCGUUUUCCUGUUGCAGUAGAGCAACAAUAUUUUGAAACUUUACAACAGUUCCGUGGUAAUGUUGGUCGAGCAAAAAAUUUCACAGAAGCACAACGUCUCGUUCGUCAUCUGGAGGCCCGAUGCCUGCCACGCCUUGCACGCCUUAAGGCUACAUAUGGACUAACAAGUGAAUCAGAAAACGUGGAAAAUGGUGGUCAAGACGUAAAAAUUAUUUCAGAGAACAAAUCACUUCGACCAACUGGUCCUGGUCACAUGGAUACGAUAGCUGAAGAGGCUGAACAAGAAGAUGGAGACAUCCAGCUGGGUGACGAUGAGUAUUCUAUGGAUGAAGAAGAUUCUGAUUUGGAUGACGAAGAUGAGGAACAAGGAGGUGAGACUCAUUCAUCUCAACGCCGUCAAUCUACUGACUUGAUAGAAUCGGAUGGUAGUCGUCGUCGUGCUCGCGUUGAUAGCCAACAAUCUCAAGAGGAUAUUGAUCUCACACUGGAAAAAACAGAAGAAAAGGAAGCAGAGGAAGAGGAGAUUGAUCAGAACUAUGAGUUGAAGCCACGAUUUAUUGAUUGUCCUGAGGAUACUGCAUUUUGUGAAGCUUUAGAUAAAAUGAUCGCCGAAGCAUUAUUGUCAUCUACAUCAGGGAGUAAUAGUAGUAGUGUCAGUGGUACAGCUACUAGUGUAACCAGUACUAUCAAUGUUAGUACUGAUACAAAUCCUGCAUCAUCUCGAACUCUCAGUGUGAAUGUUCUUCCUGCUCCAGAAAUACUACAACUAGCAGCAGCAAAGAGUCGUUUAGCAAUGAAAGAAGAUGGCAGUUCAUCGACAAAUAAAGUUAACCAGCAAGUGAUUAAUCAUCAUAACUCAACCCUUCAUUCUGUGCCGACAAAAUCUAAUGGAGAUAAUUUAGAAAUUAAUCAUUCGGAUACAUUGUCAGCUGUAAAUGGUGAAGAUAGUCAAAAUACUGUUCCCUUUACACUAGUUUCGCGUCGUGGAAAUAAACCUCAUCUAAUUCCAUUGGCAGUCCCGGAUUCAGUACAAUUUGCAGCACGUUAUAUUCAAACUGCAGCUGCCGAGAGAGAAGAAAGGGCUCGGAUGAAACAACUAGUACUUGAAAUGCAUGAAGCUCAAAAAGAAGAAGAAAUGGAGUGGGGUCACUACGGAGGUCCAGAUGCUGUUUUGGCUCAUCAAUUCCCCGUCAAUGUGAACCGUGACCGCUGGGUAAAGUAUAAUCAUCCAAAAGGAGCACCGGACGCCGAUGUAGUUUUUGGAACACACAGUCAAAAACGAUGUGCCAAUUAAUGAGCGUAUCCUGUUAGAAAGAUUUGUUAAUCAUGGUCAUCUGUUUCAAAAAAUGAGACAAUUUGAAAUGGGAGAAGUUAUGGAUUGUGCGAUAUUCAACGAAUCAUUGUAUGUGUUGCACAGCAUUCUAUGGGCAUAGCAUGUGUGCAAGUAUGUUGAGAUGCAGUUUUGAUGAGUUGAACAGACAAGAUGUUUUAAAAUGUAAUCAAUAAAAGAAAUAUGUAUUUAAGUAUUUUCUUCCCUUUCUUCCUUACUUUUCGAUUGUUUUAUAAAAAAAAAGUUUUUAAAAAAAUACUUCUCAGUAAUGAAGAUACAAGUCACAUGGUAAAAUAAGACUGGGUUUUGGUUGUAUAAACUUAUUUUAUUUUGGAUUUCUAAUUAUUUAGUGUAUGUACUCAUGUUUCCAAGUUCAUUAUUGUGCUGUUUUAUUCUCCUCUUAUGUAAGAAAUAACUAUAUUAUUAUCGUUUGAAAAGUCUAAGCGAUUGCUAUGAGAUCGUUUAUCUUUAACUAUUAUGCUGCGAUCUUCACAUUCAACAAGGACUGCUGUAUUCUCAUUCUUUGUCCGUCUCGCAGUUUUUGGUCAUUCAAAAUACAGUUGUUUUAUUUCUCGUAUAAGCUGUGUUCUUUUCAAAUUUAUAAAGGUUCGUUACGAACAAGUAUCUUAGUAAUUUUCGAAAAAGAGCUUAGGCAUGUCCUGGUGUUGAAAUAAAUAUUAUUCUUUGUUCAUGUCACUAUAAUAAACUAUGAGGGGCGAAACUUGUUCACACUCGGUUUGUACAAAAAUAUUGGCUUACUAAAUUUACGGACCAUCACAGACAUGUUCGAGAUCGUUGAGUCUCAUUCACCGGGUUGUGUUAAAGUAUAUGGUUCUGGACAGUAGGAUAUAUCAGUUUGUCAACUCUUAUUGGUUAGGAAUAGGUUUUAUGUAACACAGAUCAUGUUGUCAAUGAUGACUUACAUUAGUAAAGACCAUUUCAUAAGCAUACUGUCCGUUUGGCUAAGUAGUGAUUUGAUUGUUACAGUUUUUAGAUGAAAUUGUUCGUAAACGAUAAUUCAUUUUAAUCGCUAGACUAACAUCAUUAUUCGCGAAUUUUUUGGUAGGCCAUACAAUCACUGACUUGUUGAUUCAGUCGAGUUAAUAUAUUUCCAGUUAAGCUAAUUUUAGUGUUCGUAUAAGACAUUUGUUUCGUAAACAUCCUGUCGCGUUAUUCAAAAUCUAAUGCAAUACAUUCAAGUGCGCACACUGUUAUGACCCAGUCGUGAUUAUUGGAGUACGUACUGGUUAGAUCUAGGAAUCCCCUAAUCCACAUGUAACAAUCGAUACCACUAAAUCUUCGAAAUAUCUUACUUGUUAGGUUAUAUUUUGUUUGCCUUCAAGCCUGUGAACAACUUCAUUAUAUUGCACUUCCCUAAUAAGAUUUAUGUCAAUUUGGCCAUCACCAGUAAACCAAAAGGUAUCCUAUGUAGUGAAUUUAAUUUCACUCGAACUUAACAGUAUGGGUAACGUUUUAUUGCAUGUUACCUACCGGAUUCUAUCUCAAGUUUGCUGUGUGACAAUCAAGUCACUAAAAAUCCCGCUAGGACUUCAUUGAAAAAAUUCACAUUUGGACUUAUA